UGCAGUUGCCGCAGGAGCCACGGACACGCCUCCUGCGAGAUGGCCUGCCCUCUCCGUGGGAGGGAGGCGUUCCGGUUCAAUCUGAAGCGGAGCUCGCGGAGAGAGAAGGCGUGCCAGGCCGUGGCGUUGCUCAUUUCCUGAUUUCGCCGACUCUUCCUUCUCCCAGUCCCACCCUCCGAGCGCGAAUGGGGGGGCAACGAAGAGACGGAGUCGAGCCUUAGCAGCCUCCCUCGGCAAGGAGGGAGCGCCGGGGCGUCGCGGGCUGGCUUCCCCGGCUGGCAGAGCGAAUGGAACGACGCGCUGGGCGUUGGAAGGUUGCCCCGGGAGGCGCGCGCCGCUGCUAGAGCGGGGGCGGCAGCGGCAGCGGCAGCAAGCGUGUUGCAGCAGCACCAGGCUGGAUCCAAGAAUGGACAUUAUAGUCGAUGAUGAUUACUCCAAUCCACCGCUUCAGAGAUAUUGAAAGGAAACCAGAAUACCUCCAGCCAGACAAGUGUGUUCCACCUCCCAGCCGCAGUUCCUCAGGAAUGAUGUGGUUUAUUCGAGAUGGCUGUGGUAUUGCCUGUGCGGUUAUCACCUGGUUUCUGAUCUUCUACGCUGACUUUGUAGUCCUCCUUGUUAUGCUGCUUCCAUCAAGAGACUUUAUUUACAGUUUGAUCAAUGGAAUAGUUUUCAACACAUUGGCAUUCCUGGCUGUGGCUUCACAUGUUCGAGCUAUGCUAACAGACCCAGGUGCGGUGCCUAAAGGUAAUGCCACAAAAGAGUUCAUAGAAAGUUUACAGCUGAAGCCAGGACAAGUGGUUUACAAGUGUCCAAAGUGCUGUAGCAUCAAACCUGACAGAGCUCAUCACUGCAGCGUUUGCAAGAGAUGUAUUCGGAAAAUGGAUCACCAUUGUCCAUGGGUUAACAACUGUGUAGGAGAGAAUAACCAGAAGUACUUUGUAUUGUUUACAAUGUAUAUAGCACUAAUUUCCCUGCAUGCCCUUAUAAUGGUGGGAUUUCACUUCCUGUAUUGUUUUGAAGAAGAUUGGACAAAGUGCAGUUCUUUCUCUCCACCAACUACUGUAAUCCUUCUUAUCCUCUUGUGCUUUGAGGCUCUUCUCUUUCUCAUCUUCACAUCUGUCAUGUUUGGAACACAGGUACACUCCAUCUGCACUGAUGAAACGGGCAUAGAGCGGCUUAAAAACCAGGAGCCAACUUGGGAAAAAGUCACUGGCUGGGAAGGGAUGAAACUGGCUUUCGGGGGUGAAUUUUCACUGCGGUGGUGCAGUCCUUUUUCAGACCUGUGUUGCAAGGAGACUCCACCAGCUGGUACUGCAACAGUUUCUCCAUCCGAGAUGAUGGUUGAGGAAGCUUUUGAUCAGUUUUCUGAUCAAGAGGUGGUUGUGCAAGUGUGUUAAAUGAAUAAUAUAAAGUGCCCUUUAAAAAUGCCUAUACUGUGGAAUCUGUGCACUUGAGACUUUGCUUUAAGGGACCAUGAUGCAUGAAACCAUUGAGGCUCUACUCUUCCUCUAGCCAAGGACUGCACUAAACGAAAGCAAUGCAACUACAUUGACAUGGUUCUACUGAUAAUGGUUUAAUUGAGCUUCCAUAACUAUCUCAUGAAAAUGUGAGUGUCUAGUUCAAAGUUAACAAUUUCUAAAAAUAUGCAAUAAGUACAUUGUCUCAAAAGAAAAAUCAUUAUGCUUAGCAUAACUUCUACUGGUCCAUUUGGUGUGGGGCAGUUGUCUCAUAAUAAUUCUCUUGGCCAGGAGAUUUGAAUUUGUACUUGAACCAAGUACAACUGAGGCCCAGCAAUAUGACUUUGGGGAAUUAGUGAAAACCUGGUUUCUAUUCCAGCUCAAUUCAUAUUGGGAAUCCUUUUAUUCAGCUAAACAGCCCCUCAGGGAGUAUUAAUGUAUUUUUAUAAUGUAUGUAUAAUUAAUUCAUUUUGUCAUGAAUAAUGGACUUAUUUUAAGCAGAAGAACUACUGUGUGAUGCACACUGAGGUGUGAUGGACGUUUAGCAAAACCAGCAUUUACUAUCAUGUUUUAUUAUUAAAGAUAGGGAGUAAUCAAUGAUAAGAUUCUAUAAUGUUCUGGGAAUGGCCAACUAAAGCUAAAUCUGGGAUGCUAAUCUUUUAACUGUUUGACUUUGAUCCUUUGGACUUGCUUCUUACAAGUAAGUCCCAUUUGAUCCUGAUUGUUUUCAGCAAGUCUACCAAACGAGUACAGGAUUAUUAGAAUCUGUAAAACUCUAACUCCGAAACAGUGUUGCUAUAUUGUGUUUGUAGCCUGGGUUAAAAGGUUGAGGAUUGCAACAUGUAUUUUUGAAAAAUUUCAUCACUAUGAAAUGGCUAGUUGCUUGUAUGCGAAAGCCAUGAGUGCCUCUGUGUAUCUCAGAAAGGGACCAAUUAACUUAAAAGGAUACUGUGUGUCUUUAAAGUGUCACAGACGGAGAAUAUUAUAUUAGGAGUAUUUUAGGACCCAAUGAAUGACCUCAAAACAGAUGCUGCAGCAUUGGAGAAACUAGGCAGGCAUCAGCCCGAUCAGUAAACUUGAUGGGAGACCGUCUAAGAGUGGAAUGUUUAAAAAAACAUUCUUAAGAACAUUUCUGGUAGCAACCCAUUAAAGAGGAACUAAGUUGAAUGUUGAACUAAUAUUGAGUGUCAAGAAGACAUUUUCCUGCCUUACACUGCUAUCCGUUGAGGAAGCAUCCACAAACUCAUUUGGCACAUUGACUGCCACUGUGAAAUAAGAGAAAUAAAAGAAAAUCUUUGUCAGGUCUGAUAGAUGAUGUCAUUAUGGCCUGGAUCCAGAAAACCGUGUGACUCUCUCUGCAUGCCUAAAGAGGCUUUCAGUUUGUUUUUCUUUAUUUUUUAAAAAAAUCAGCUUCCACUCUCCAUGCUGCAUGGCAAACCACUUUUGAAACUGAAGUGGGUUUCAAGAGCAGUUUGUGAUACAGCAUGAGGGGCAGGGGAAAUCUUGCAUUCAAAGUUCUUGUAUUUAGUUCCACUGGGUGCAACUAAAGUAUGUCUUUGGAUCCUAGCCUAUAAUAUUUGGAUCCUAGCCUAGAAUCUCCCAAGGUUCUCACUUUGCGGGGCUAAGAAACACACACAGUGCAUAUUUCUAUAAGGGAAAAAGUCCCUAGGUUUGUCAGAUAACUUGGAAAGUGUGUAUACUCUUAAACUCCUCCUAAAGGUGGAGAUCAGUUGGCCGCUCCUGCCCAUUCACCCCCCUGAUCCUUUUGCCAGUCCUCCUGCCCUGCCUCCAGUAAUAUGUCCCGCAGCAGGUGUUAGAAGCAGGUAGACAAAGGGGGCGAAUGGAUGGGAGCAGGUGUACCUACCUCAUUUCCUGCUUUAGCAGAGAGUUUAAAGGCAAAUACUUGUUCUCCAACUUGCAGUCUUCCAGCCCCAAGUGAAAUAUAUGUUUGGGUAUAAAGCAGGAUAUAAUUUUAGAAGGAAGAUGGAGCUGAAGUUAUAUCCUUCGGGGAAGGAAAAGUUUAUUUUUCAAAGGUAGCUUUAUAAAUUGAAACUAAUACAAAUUUAGUUAUUUAAAAGGUAGAUUUCCAAAUAUGUUUCUGAAUAAAUACCAUGGUGGGGGGGCCUGCCUAAUUAAAAGCACAGGGGGAAAGGUGAGGGCCAGUACAAAGCACUCCAAAGACUAUUAACAUUUUGUCCCUAUUGAGUAUGGUAUAUGUUGUUCAGAUAGCAUUUAUUAAAUGCAGAAUCUUCACGGGCUGAAUUGAGUUAAUUUGGUUUACUACAAGUAUUUUUAUUUUUAUUUUUGCAAGAUUCCCGCUACACAGCAAAAUUUGCAACUCUGCUUUGGGGGUUAUAUUUGGGAUUUGCAUAUCUAUCUCUCUAUCUCUGAAACAAGCUAUUCGUAUAGAUUGUUCACAGUGUGUUGAUGUCUGUCCAUGUUUUACAAAUACAAUGUCAAAUGGAUGGGUUGUAGAGCAACAUGCUCUUACUUGGUUUCCUGUCUCAUAUAUGCUAGCUGUACUAAGGGGCAUAAUCGCAUUCAGUACAAUAAUACAUGUUUUUCUGCUAGGAGGAUCCCCACUGACUUCAAUAUGGAGCUCAUUGACACAAGCAGUGGCCAGAGUUUAAAUUUUAUUGGCCUAAUAGCCCUAUCCUGUGUGCGGGGAGGAGGAUAAAUCAAGCAAUUUAGUGUUAUAUGAAGCUUUAUUAGGAAUUGCUUCGUGUAAAGUGUUCCAAAAUGCAACCUAAGUGCUAAUUACUCUUACUAUUUUUACUUUAUUAUUCACAUGGGGAAACAGUAUUGAUUUUUUUUUUUUUUAACCUCAAAAUUGCCUUUUGAAAUUGACCUACAUUUGUGUGCUUCCUGGAAAAACAUGGUCUCUGUUACUGUACUGAAAAGCCAAGCACCUUUUUAGCACUCAAAUGUGCUGAAUAAAUUUUGAAUAAAUAAUAGUGAAUGUUACCUAAUGUGGCUAAAUUGUGAAAGAGCAAAUCUGCCUUUAAACUCAGAGAAAAUUGCCUCUCGAUUGACAGGAUUGUAACAUUGACAUUGCUUGUAUGAAGGCAAGGAAAGAGACCAGUUCUUCUGUUUUUCUGGCAUAUGUCUGUAAAUUACAGCGAUGCAACUGUCACCCUCUUCCAUCUUUAUAUGGCUGGAGGUUUUCUCUUCACCUUUCAUCACUUUUUCUAUGGCUAGUGGGGGGGAAAGGGCAAUAGAAUGGAAGACAAGAAAAAACUGAAAUUCUGUUCAAACAUGUUUACAGAAAGUAUCUCUCUGACACUGAAUAAAAGUGCCUUAUGAGGUCCAGAUUAUUUUGUAAAACUUUAUCUAGCAGACCGAGACCAAAUGAUUUUGCAGAAUACCAAGAUUAAUCUGCUGUUAACCAAAGCUCUUAAUUUUUCCUUCUUCCCAAAGGUUUCGACACUGUUGUGCUCUUUUUCAGAGAGUCUUUUAGGUGGGGCCUUAGAUACCUCAAACCAAAUAGCCUCUUUGUCUGGGGUCCAGUGUUUACAUUACUAGGUAACUUGCUAACUACUGUGAGUAGCCCCGUUGAAGCUGAUAGAACAGCCUGCCCAUUAAAAGUUCCAUAAGUAUUUGCGUAGGCAGGACUUUGGAUGGAUGGUUUCAGGCAAGGAGAUGCUCUCAUGUUUGAAGCUCGUUGUGCAAUCAUGGUGUUGUGCAACCAGCCAGGCUCUGUUUUGUUUCAAACAAAUAAUAUGUCUUAAAUUUAAAAAAAAAAUUGAUAUUUUGAAAGUGUGGUAAGCUGGGAUGCCUCUGCUCAAAGGCUUUAAAAAUGAUGGGCUGGGGCCUAGCAUACUAUAAAAUACUAUAUUUUUAUGAGCAGUUUCAGUGCUGCAUAGCAGCCUGUUCUAUGCAAUUAAAGGGUGUAUGCAUUUUAAAAUCUUGGUUUUCUAUUUUUGCUCUUUGUAUCUCAUGUUCUGACUUAAACUGAGUAACGGUACUUAUUAAAGAAUCAAUAUUUUAAUCUCA